AUGUCUGACGAAAUUCAUCAGGACGUUCCUCUGGAACAAGCAGAUGUUGUUAAGGAGUUUGAAGAACAGUUCCCUGAUAUUGAAGAUGUUCAACCGUCACAAGUGAAUGGUGAAGCUUCUACAGCUGGUGAGCAAAUGAGUGGUAAUGAUGCUGAAUUGGAGAGUGGUGAGUAUACAUACCAGGAAGCCGGUGAAGCUAUAAGACAAUGGAAAGAGAGGAGAGAUUUGGAAAUUACCGACAAAGACAGAAAAGAUCAACAAGAGAAAGUGGAAUUAGAAGAAGAUGCAGUAAAGUAUAUUGAUGAUUUCUAUGAAACUUAUAAUAAGAAGAAAGAAACUAAUUUAAAAGAUGUUAGAGCCGAAAAUGAUCAAUUCUUAAAGAGUAACCAAGAAUUUUUAGAUCAAGAUAAUACUUUUUGGGAUAGAGUAUUGCAAUUAAUCAAUCUGGAUGAUGCUGAUCAAAUUAACGGUAGAGACAGAUCUAGAUUUAAGGAAAUUUUACAAAAAAUGAAGGGUAAAACAAAUAUUCCAGGUGUUAACUAA